UUUAAGAGGCGGUGUUGAUUUAAUACUCCUGCGGUGCGGAGCCCGUUGUGCUACGUAUCCAAUGCUGGCUGCCGAACCAAUUCGAUUUUUUGUGUCCGUUUACCAAGAGCCCCGCGAAGUGCCCGCAGGGGCGGAUGGCUCGCGUCUGCGGGUACCUAGGUACGUGACGUCAGUGGGUACCCAGGUGGGUGACGUCAGUGGGUACCCUUGCGAGAGAAGAGUGUAGAAGAGAGAAGGGGGUGACAAGCCCCUAAACAAAAGACGGACCUCCCCAGAAUGGACACGCUCCCGGUGACUCGCCGACUCCUCUUAUCUGUAUCUGCUUCAAGCGACGUGAGCCGGACAGCGAAAAACCCCCAUCCGAAAAUCCGUAUCGAUCGCACCGCAAGCAUCUUGGCAUCACACCAGCUCCUUCGCUGGUCUUUGGCGCUGUACUGAGGAGGUGCGCUGAGCUGUGGCGGUACUGGAGGCGCAGUGUCACCCAUCAGUAGCCGAAGUGGAUUUCCCCUUCGUAUCGGAGGCGGUGGGAAAGACGUGGGGGGCUUCGGACUGGACAUGGGCAGAGGGGAGGGGGGGUGAAAGAGAGGCACAUUUCGCUUAGGAUAAUGCGUGCUGGCCGCGGCCGCUGCUCUCGGAGAACCGGAGCGGAGCCGGAUGCAGAUGGGGUGACUUAUCCGGCCAAGGGGUCCCGUCGCGGCCGCCAGGUUGUGCGAGCUUUGGGCCGCUGUCCGGUGCUGACGGGCCGCGAAGCGGAGUGUAACGUGUCCGGGGACGAGGGGGGAUUCAGGGACUGACCAUGGCUGAGGAAUCGCCAGCGAUGAAUGGCAAUGGGAGGGAAGAGCAGCGCCCCCUGAAUCAGUCCCUGAGCGGCUCCCUGUGCCGGGAGUCUCAGUGGAAGUGCUUGCUCCUGACGCUGCUCAUGUUCGGCUGCUUCGGCACGCUGGGCUGGUGCGCCCUGUGCCGCGUGCCCAUCAUGGCGUCCGACGACUCCAACGGCAGCGUCCAGUACGGCCAGCUGGGCCCGGUGCACCACGACAGCCCCUGCUCCAGCGGCUACGUCUACAUCCCGCUCGCCUUCCUCGCCAUGCUCUACGUGGUCUACCUGGUGGAGUGCUGGCAGUGCUACUCCAAGAUAGCGGCGCUGGCGCAGGCCGAGGUCAGCGAGGUGUACGAGCGCGUGCAGCGCCUCCAGCAGGCCACGCCCUGCAUCUGGUGGAAGGCCAUCAGCUACCACUACGUGCGACGCACGCGGCAGGUGACCCGCUACCGCAACGGCGACGCCUACACCACCACGCAGGUCUACCACGAGCGCGUCAACACGCACGCCGCCAGCUCCGAGUUCGACUACAGCCGGCACGGGGUGAAGGACGUGUCCCGCCAGCUGCUGGAUCUCCUGGAGCAUCCGGCCGUGCGGCUGCGCUUCACCAAAUGCUUCAGCUUCUCCAGCGCCCGUGCCGAGGCCGCCUACCUGACCCAGCGUGCCCGCUUCUUCGGCGAGAACGAGGGUCUGGACGACUACAUGGAGGCCCGCGAGGGCAUGCACUUAAAGAACGUGGACUUCCGGGAGCACCUGCUGGCCUUUCCGGAUCCGGCCCGCCUGCCCUGGUUCGCCCGGCACCACGUGUUCUGGCUGGCAUCCGCCCUGCUGCUCUCCUGGCCUCUCCGCGUAGUGGCCGAGUACCGGACAGCCUACGUCCAUUACCACGUGGAGAAGCUGUUCGGCGACGGUGACGACGCCCGUGAAGGUGGGGAGCAGGGGGAGAGUGGCCGGGGCGGGGGAGCGGCACCUAGCUCCAGUUACCGUGCCAUCUCACGGGUCAACACUGUGGACAUGACCGAGCUGGAGUGGCACAUCCGCUGCAACCAGCAGAUGGCGCCAAGCUAUUCUGAGGCCAUGCUCAUGGAUCACACCUCCAGUAACAACCCCCCUCCUCCGGCCAGCACAGCCACCUCCGGAGCCUUUCACUCAGGCUACCUUCUCCAGAACUGUCCCCGCUGCCGGCGGUCCUCCAGCAGCACCUCACUCCCAUCUCGGAUCAGGGGCAACGUCAACGUGGGUACAAACGUGCUCGUGGGCGGGCCGGUUGUGGGAGUGAGGGCUAAUGGAAGCGGCCCUGGGGUCGCAGGGGGCCGGCUGGUGCUGAGCCGGAGCGGGUUCUCACUGGGGCGGCUGCAGAAUUCCCGACCCACCUGCCUCUUCCAUUCCCACAGCGUGGGAGGGGGCGGCGUGGGCAGGGUAGACGAGGGCGGUGGAUUUUUGGGUCUCGGGUCCCGGCAAGAUGAGGAGAGCAGGGGGGUUCUAGAGAGAGUAGGGGAUGAGGAAGAAGAGGAGGUGGGAGAGCAGGAGGCGGAACAGGAAGGAGAAUGUGAAGAAGAGGUAACGGAAGGGGAAAGAGGCCGGCCACCGGCCUAUCAGGACGCGUUUUUAUUCCCAGUGCUCAUUGUCCAUGGAGAAGAGAGCUGCCACAGUGGGGAGAUAUGAGACAGGAAGCCGGUGGAGGGAAACCUCUGAGCAGAGAUGUAGAAGGUGUCAAUCAGAACGAAGACCACAGGGCACCUGAGAGAAACGCAUGUAGGAACGGCAGAAAUGGCCGUCAUGGAAGGGCAGGGGAAACCUUGAGGUGGAUGAAGGGUUCACAAGAGGCUCAUUCUACCUUUUAUACGAAAGAAUGUAAGUAGAAGGCAGGGAAGCCGUGCACCAACAUGCAUGUGCAUCCCGUGUCUGCUGGGCUCGACCAGAAAACAGACGUUGGCGGUAACAAAUACCAGCUUCUAAGUACGGAUGGAGAGUAAGCUCUAGAGGAAUGUACUGUUCCCUUUAAUUUGGGGGGGGGAACUCAUCACACAGCAAACGUCUGUGACAGAUACUGGAUCAUGUCACUCAGCUGUACUGUGGAUGCAGGUGUAUCUGCAAAGAGACCUCAGAUCUUCAUUCGGCUCCUCUAUGAGCUCACAGGGUCUAACCCCACAACCUUAGCAGUGAACGAAAAACAACAUAACAAAUCUGGUAACCAGGACACAGUUUCUCUGGAAUUUAUUACAACACCUUCAUUAUUUUCUGGUUGAUAUAAUCUUCACAAAAAACAUCUGCAGCAGCAACUUCAAGCAAUUAAUGCAAAGUCAUUUAUUGCUUCAG